GGCGAUCCGCCUCACGCGCCUCUAACGCGCCGCCUCAUUUCCCCGCGGCUCUUCCUCGAGCAACUUACGCUGCUUGAUGCGUUGCUCCCAAUGCUGCAUGUUUAUCCCUGGCUUGUUCUUGAUAUCGCUAGCAGUGUCGGUACGGAUUGAGCCUGAGGCUCAGGGUCCACUCACAUAGCCGUUGGCCCGAGCGGCGAUUCCUAAUGCCCACAUGCUGAUUGGUCAGCCCUUCUUGCGGCGGAAUCCGGGAUACGCCGAGCCUUGGCAUCAUGUCAUACCGUGGAAUUGAGCGGCUUUCGCUGUUUGUCAACGAGGCACGACAAAUCUGCAGCAAAAACAUCUAAGAACCAACGACAGUGACUUUGUUCCCGACGUUAACUGCCUUGGAAUCCACGACACCCCGCCACAAUGAAUGCGCCCAGCUUCCUUACGAAGAGGACGGUCUCCAUCUGCCUCUCGUGUCGCCGAAAUCUCCUGCGACAGCGCCAGUUCUCGACGACGCCAGCUUCGCUUGUCGCCGCCUUCCAAGCCUACACGCUGCCGUCUCAACCGCCGCCGGCACCGCGCAAUGCCUCCGUGCCCGACACCUCCAUCGCGCACCCGGUUCAGGCGCCAACCCUGCCCAGGGUACACGAGACAAGGCCACCGAAGCAGCCAUCCGAGCGGGUAGACCCGACAAACCAGCCGUCGCCAGUCUCGAUCCCCGAGCAGGAAGCACAGCAGUCCAAGCCAGCCUUCACCGCGACGACCUCUAUCUCCAACCCGACAACGAGACCAUCUCCAUCAACAGAGCCACAACAACAGACCCCUCCGGCGCAGACACCCACCACAGUAGCAGCAGCAGCAGCAGCAGCCAAGCAGGCUCCUUCGCCCUCGGCGCGCCCGCGCUCCAAGCUACGCGCCCGCAAGGCCGCGAUCCAGCUCACGCCCGCGGCGGUGGAGCACCUGCGCGCGCUGCUGGACCAGCCGGACCCGAAGCUGAUCAAGGUGGGCGUGCGCAACCGCGGCUGCUCCGGGCUGGCCUACCACCUGGAGUAUGUUGACAAGCCGGGGGCGUUCGACGAGGCGGUGGAGCAGGACGGCGUCAAGGUGCUGAUCGACAGCAAGGCGCUGUUUAGCAUCAUUGGCAGCGAGAUGGAUUGGGUUGAGGAUAAGCUGAGCCAGCGGUUCGUGUUUCGGAAUCCGAAUAUUAAGGAGCAGUGCGGGUGUGGUGAAUCGUUUAUGGUAUGAUUGGCUGGGUUGGGGGUGGUUGAUUCGGAGUGGUGGGUUAUGAGGCGGUUUCAACUGCGGUGCUACAACCCCCGAAUCGCUGUCCCACAAUUGGGGAGGGUGGUUGAAUCAGCUGGUAUAUGGUACUCGGUGGGCUUAAUGAGACGCAUCUGGUCUUGCUCUGGGGCAUGGCAUGGUGCUUGCAGCAUUAGAGCGGCGUUGUUAUAGGUACUGCUUCCCGAACUGGCAAUUAAGCUGGAUGACACGGGGCUGGAUGACACCUGUUCUUACCAGUAGACUUCUACAUUCCUCUUUGGGGGAAACUGAAUGAUACCUUUUUGUCACCAAGUCACCCACAUCUGCAGUUAUAGCCAAGUACGAACAGGCACAAAUGACCAAAGUAUCUCAAUUUACUACUCAC